GUGGUUUGGUUUACUGCCCUUUUCCCAUACGUUGUUCUUUUCAUCCUGUUGAUUCGUGGACUGACCCUUCCCGGAGCGGUCGAAGGCAUCAAAUUCUACUUGACCCCAGACUUUGCUGCUUUAAAGAAAGCCAACGUUUGGGUUGAUGCAGCCACUCAAGUUAUGUUCUCCUUAGGCCCCGGAUUUGGUGUUCUUCUGGCGUAUGCUAGUUACAAUGAGUUCCACAACAACGUCUACAGGGACGCCCUGCUUACCAGUGCUGUGAACUGCGCGACCAGCUUCUUGGCUGGGUUUGUAAUUUUCUCUGUGCUUGGAUACAUGGCUGGUCAACUGAAUGUGGAAGUGAAGGAUGUGGCGGCAGACGGCCCAGGACUUGUUUUCAUCGUAUAUCCCGAAGCCAUUGCCCUGAUGCCAGGAUCAACAUUUUGGUCGGUUAUUUUUUUCCUAAUGCUACUCACACUGGGUCUGGACAGUUCGUUCGGAGGCUCAGAAGCCAUUAUUACAGCUCUAAGUGACGAAUAUCCAAUCAUCAAACGGAACAGAGAAAUAUUUGUCGCCUGCUUAUUUUCGUUCUACUACCUGAUCGGGUUGGCCAGCUGUGCACAGGGUGGUGGUUAUGUUGUGUCUCUACUUGAUCGUUACGCUGCUGGAUAUUCCAUUCUAUUCGCUGUUUUCUUUGAAGCCCUUGCAGUGUCUUGGAUUUACGGUAUUCGAAGGUUUUCAGGAGACAUCAAGGAGAUGAUGGGGAUAGAAGUUGGACUCUACUGGAAAAUUUGUUGGACUUUGGUGGCUCCAAUUUGGAUUUUGUUCAUUAUUGUAUACGGACUCACCGAGUACGAACCUUUGACAUAUGAAAGCUACACUUAUCCACCGUGGGCCAACGCCAUAGGAAUGUGUCUCGCUGCAUCCUCUGUUCUGUGUAUUCCUGGUGUAGCUGUUUGGAAGAUCCUGACAACUCCUGGAACGUUUGUCGAGCGUAUCCGAAUUUUGACAACUCCAUGGCAAGAUCGCCAGUUCUGCAACGGAGUAACAAGUGACGUCACACAAACGAAGCUAACUCUCCCACCAGGAGGAGUUCCAUCUGCAAGUAUUUGAGUGAUUAUAAAUUAUUGUAUUUAAACGUAAAUCUUUUGUGUUCAAGGGAAGUUCCAAACAUUCGUAAUGUAUUUUAUUAACCAACCUUCCCACAAGUUUAAUGUGUUGACUGUUUUUGAUGAAGUACAGCCCACUAGAUGGCACUACGGUAUGAAAUUAAAAGGAAAACUUGAACAACCACCGAUGGUAUUUAUACUGCAUGUAUUAGCAUAAUUUUAUAACGUUUUUUCUUUAUUUUUUUUUCUAAAAGAUACAUUUACUAAAAGCGGAACAGUAAUUAACGUUUAGAGAAUUGCACCUAAAGACAUGUUAACUUUUUGCAAUUUUUUGUUCCACAAUGAUUGGCUAUGUGUAUCCAUUGCUGUGGGUGUGUGUAUUUUUCCCCAUAGUGCUCUGCCUUGCCUAAUCCGAGUCCUUAAGUAAUGGUGUGAACAUUUAGAUUUGCGAUUCUUGUAAUAUAAUUCAUGACCUAAUACAAUCACGAAUGAGUUGGGCGUGACAUAGUGGUUAGCGUGUCAGACUGCGUGUAUUAUGGUCCGAGGUGUGAGACGUAAUUCCCCCAGAACACACGCCGCACUUUCAACUUGAUGUUGCUGGCUGACUGCCUUCCUCCUGAUCAAUAAUAUCUUGGUCCUAAGAUAUCCUGACCAUUAAGUUAGGCUGAUAAUUUCAAUUCCUUUCCCAAACAGUGUUGUUUCAAACUUUUAUCAUUUUCGGGUUCUGCUUUUAUAUAGAUUAAAUUGUUUUCGUCAUUGUUAAUCCAGAACGUAAACCAAUUAU